CUGAAAUGGAAUUCUUAAAAGAAGAACAGAAAAAAUUGGCAUCUCUGGGUUCUUUCCUUGUUUAUAGUGAAGCUCAUGAGAAGUGUGCUGAAGUGCGCUCCUCCAGCUCCCCAUAUCUAUAUGAGCUUACCGCCUCGGAAUGCUCCCCAGAGUCUUACACUCAGUUUUUCCGCUGGCUUCCAAGAGGCAGGCUUAUGAGCACAAAGGAGGGACUAUGUGUAGGUGCAGAGAAACAACGUUCAUACCAGCCACUGCGACUCUAUGAAUGUGACAAUGAAAGGGUCCUAAACUGGGUUUGCACCAAUGAAACUCUGCUGGGGGGUUGAAGGAGAAAGCCUUUAUUUUAACUUUGGAAAUAAUCGAGAAAGAGUCAUUAUGCUUUACACGGGCACUGGUAUAUGGAGCCGUUGGAAAGCACGAAGCCUUGAAGGAAAUCUACAGGAUGGAGGAGCUUGUGUUCAGUGCUGUGCUUAA